AUGGCUACUAAAUCAGCAGCAGCAGCACUCUUAUAUCAUAAGCCGCCUAUAGAUACCUACCUAGAUAAUCACCACCGAGAAGCUAUGGUGGAGUCGGAACCGGUAGUUGCGACUUCGUUCCCGCGAUUUCCAGACCUGCCGGCGGAGCUGCGGCAUCUCGUAUGGCACUUCGCCCUGCCGCGCCGCGUCUUCGAGAUCCGGAGCGAAACGAUAUCGAUCCGGCGGGACGGCGAGGCCAACGUUUCCGAGGAGCUCGACCACGACCCCUGGCGGUCCCGCGGCUCCGACCUGGUAGCCGUGAUCCUGGCGCCGCCGCCCUUGCUCUCGGUGAACCGCGAGGCGAGGCGCUUCGCCCAGCGGACCGGGUCGUGGAAGUUCGUCGGCAGCCACCCGCGCGGCGUGUGCCGCGUGUUCAAGCAGAUGACGUGGUUCGACCCGUCGGCCGACACCCUGUGCUUCGACGACUCCGUGUUCCAGCACAUCCGGGGCUACGUCACGGAGCAGAACGGCCUCGUCAUGGAGCACGUCAACAACCCGGCCGUCACCAGGUUCUACUUCGGCAGCUCCCCCGCGAGCCCCGUCUGCGUGAGCCUCGCGGCCCUGUCGGGCACUUUGGGCAAGUUCUUAGUCGAGCAGUGGAAGCGCAAGCGAGGCUUCUGGUCCGGCGUGCCGCGCUAUCUGUUCUACCACGAUAACAUACUGAUGCACCUUGGCAGAUCGGCCAGGGUGCGAGCGCUUUUUGGAGAGGGGGUUGAUAGGUGUUACACCCUUCUCGUUAAUGCUCGUGAUCGUGAGAAGCUAAGGCAACUGAGAGAGUUGUACGUGGAAGAGUCUGAUCCGACAUACUUCCAGCGGAGAACGGCAGAUUGGCUUGAAGGUAUCGUAGAUGCGGAUGAGAAGUAUGUUGAAAACUCCUACAACGAUCUAAGAGACGUUUGGAUCAAAGCCCAGGACGACGUUCCAUCCUCGUCUCUCCUCGUCUCGCCGGAUCAUAGGGUCCAGGUGAGGUCGCUCAUAGACCCUGGAGCCGUCCUUCACGCCGUACAACAAUUCGACCAGAACCACUCCUGGUGCCGUGAGAUCGUAAAGGCCAUGCCUCGCAUGGAACUCGUGGUCCACUUCCGGCUUUGCAUCACAAAUCACGAUAAUGAAUACCGGAAGAAGAAACUUAAACUUCUUGGAAAAGAAGACCCGUCGGUAAUAAAAACUAACUCGGACACGGAACGGCCAUAG